GUCCAUUUAAUGUACACACACAUACAAAUUACCGUGGUGGUCGUUGGUUUUAAAGUUUUUCUCAUGGCAAGUGUUUGCACAGACAUUGCUUGGUACUCUUGCCAAUCUUAGUACGUCGUCGGUCCUCAAUUAUUCACCAUGUGCGUCGAGUGGCUGAGAAGCAGCCCAUGCUACGUGGCCAAGUGUAUAUUUUUGUUACAUCUAAUCUCUAGAAGAACUGGCGCAGAAUGUUCAGUGGAUGGCCAUGGCAGUGGAAUGAACUAUCCAACGACCACGGCCAGUGGAACUUGGACAACACGUGGUGGAAUAUCAUCGUACGGCUGGGACAGUCAACAGCCAAUUGAUCCUUGUAGUCGUUGCUCUAGCCGACCUCAUCCAUUACCAGGAUCUCAAUACACAACAGGAUUGCAUGGCAGUGGUUAUAAUUCAAAUGACCGCGUUAGUAAUGUCGUUCCAGACAACCGGGAUAAUGUGUAUAACACUGAUACUCGGGGCAGUAGUUAUAACACUGGUAACAGUGGUUAUCCAUCCCACAUGGAUAAUAGAUAUAACGGUUAUAACACAAAUAAUAAUUAUGUCGACAGCUACAGUCCAAGCGGCCAUGGCACCGGUUAUAAUAUGGGAUCGUCUGGGAACAGUUACAGUGCUCAUACAAGUAACUACAACAUGAAUAGUCAUGGUAGUAAUUAUAUGACGAACACUUUUAAUAAGAACCCCGAUUACCGAGGUAACGGUUACGAUAACAUGAGUCCAGAAUGGGAAAAAAAGUACGGGAACAGAAAACCUGGUUAUAACCAGGGAAUGGCUUAUCCGGUAACUGUACAACAAGGGGGGCCUAUUCAAGGCGGCUAUGGAUCUAACGACCGAUGGGAUAUGAAGGGCGUUUAUCCAGCUCAAACCAAUUCAGGUUAUUGGCAUAGUCAACCGCCCAAAGAUAUUGGAUGGGAUGAAGAUAGCAAAAAAGUAGGCGUUAUAGCUGGAUGGAUGGGGGGUCCUAACAAAUAUGAAUCCGGAAAACCAGCGCAACUCUAUAAUAACUAUCCAACGAACGAUAAAGACGACGAUUAUUUCAACAAAGGGACAGGUUAUGAAAAUUCUGAUAAAAAAAGACCUUUUAUGGGGUGGGGAGGUUCUGGGUCUUACGAAGUCAUUAAAAUGAACAACGGUUACAAAUACGUAGACAGAAAUGGAAAUGGCGAUUAUGGAGUACAGUCAUAUGGAAAUAACUACGGCUAUGGCGGCGUAAAUUAUAAUAAUAAGCCAGUUACGGGAUUCAACUCAAAACCUGAUAGACCUUACGAUUAUGGCUACAGACCAUCAACUACAGAUAGACCUACGCAAAAUUACGACGUGAGUAUAAAUAAUAAACCAACAUACAGUUUAAAACCCACAGAUUGGAGCACUUCGCGACCAAUAUCAUUCGAUGUCACAUCAAGACCCAGUUGGAAUUCUCAAAGACCUAAUUAUUCAGGAACGUCUUCGAGACCUAGUCAAAAUUGGGGCGAUAACUCUUUUAAUAAUAUGCCAUCUACUGGACUAGGAUAUGAUCAGUAUGGAAAUUCAAGACCACUUAACAACAGACCAGAUCAUGGAUCUUCGGGACCUCGGCCAGAUUAUGGAUCUCAGGGCUUUAGACCAGAUUACGGAUCAUCGGGACCUCGACCAGAUUAUGGAUCAUCGGGACCUCGACCAGAUUAUGGAUCUUUGGGGUCUAGACCAGAGUAUGUAUCCUAUAGACCAGAGACCAAUAAGUAUGGUUCUUAUGACUAUGGUAGACCUCAAAAUAUGAUGAACAAUAGACCCGGCAAUGAUAAUGAUCGGCCUUACACAAAUGAUAAUUACGGAUCCUCUCAAAUGGGAUCAGGAUAUGGAAAAGGAUAUGCAUCAAAUUGGGAUUAUUAUUCUAAUUCAAUGAGGGGACCACAAAAUGGAUGGAACGAUCCUCCAAGAGAAUAUUUGCAAAGAAGGCCAGACGGAGAUAUAUUACAAUCGGGUUCUAAUCAAAAACCUUCCGAAUCCACUCCUAUUCAUUAUAACGGACAUAGUGGGAUCGGUGCGUCAACUGAUAAUGGUUUUUCCUACAGAACUCCAUCCACUAUUAUCUCUUCUACAACACCACUGCCAACAACUAUUUCGUAAUUCAAUUUUUUAGAAAAUAUAUAUACAAAUUUUGAUGUUCUGUAAAUUGCUAUUAAAAUUUGUACUUAUUUAUUAUAUUAUAGUAGACCACAAUAAAAAAAAAUUGCAAAUUAAAAUGAUGACGAAUUUAAAAAUAAAUAACAAUGUGGAUCAAACUGUAA